CUAACUCAAAGAGUCGGCAUGGCAAAGCAACAGUUUAUGCAAGCCGUGCAACGAGAUGACGCAGUACAAGUGGAAACGUUGCUACGCGAGGACAGAACGCUUGCAGUGGCAACAGACGAGUUUGGAGAAACUGCUCUGCACAAGGCAUCCAAACUCGGGAAUAUUUCCGCUGCCGAGAAGCUGAUUAAGGGCGACAAAGCGUGUGUAGACAUCGCAUCGAGAAAGGUCUGAUGAUCUCCACGUGCAAUUUAGUUACUAGAAUAGACGGAUUUGUAGCAUGGAGACAAAGCCGUACAGCAAAGGAAGGAUAUACUGCUGUUCACUUUGCUGUUGCUCACGGUCACCCAGAGAUGUUACUGUUGUUGUUACACAACAAUGCUAAUAGAGAUCCUGUUGCAAAUGAAUCACAUCAUCGGUGCACUCCAUUGCACAUCGCUUCGAAGGGAAAUCAAGUGGCGUGUGUCAAGGCUUUAGUAGAUGUCAACUGUCGGAUUAACAGCAAGAACAAGCAAGGGAAGGUGCCUCUGCAUUUUGCGGCUGCUGGCGGUAAUGCUGAAGUUGUGAGGUGCCUCUUAAACGCAGGAUGUGAAACAGAUUUGAUUGACAUGCAUGGCUGCACUGCUCUUCACUUUGCAUCCGAAGGUGGACACACGUCUAUAGUCGAGUUGCUUACUCGAUCACCAUUCCUUAGCAAUCCUACCAUUUGUAAUAAGAAUAACCAAACAGCAGAGCAACUGGCUCAGCAUGGCAGACACAAGAGAGUAGCCAGCUUUCUUAGAGAGUACAAGAAGAAAUAUGAGGAGUGGGUUCGUCAUCUGAAGACUAAUGUACCAAUAUCGAAGAUCAAAUUGUAUGUUUGUGGGGAGACUGGAGUAGGCAAGAGUUCUCUACUGGAAACUCUACAGCAGAGACUGCUGAGGAUGCGUAGCCAGUCUCUGAAUGGUAACACUGAUCAACAGAGUACUUCGGUUGGCAUUCGAAUUAAGAAUGUGUCCAUUGGCUCAAAUGGUUGGUUCAGUGCUUGGGAUGUGGGGGGUACGAUGGCUGGUAAUGUGGGGAUAGAAUACUUGCUAUCUUCUGUCAAUGCUGUGUAUCUGUUGGUUCUGAGUCUUCAAAGCAACAUAGAGGAGUUGAAGCAACAAAUUAGACGCUGGCUGUCUUUAAUUAGCACAUGUGGCCUUGCUGAUGGUUUAACUAAAGGUGCACAGCCAUCAGUUGUUUACAAGCCAACGGUGCUGCUUGUUUUGAGUCACGCCGACAUGGUUGGAGAUGCCAUUCAACAGCGAGGCAUCGUGGCAGUUUACGACGCGGCGUCUCUAUUUGUCGAGAAACUGGAUAUCUUGGGCGACAUCAAGGUAUUUUGUGUCAACAGCACAUCUUCAGACUUCCAAAUGGGUCAGCUGAAAGAAACUAUUUGCCAAAAGCAUCGACUAAUUACUAGGCGUCAUCCGCAUGUUCCACUUUUUUGCGAAGUUUUGGCUGAUUCUGUUAACAAAUCGAUGACUGAAAGGGCACUGGCUCCUAUCGCUCUUCUUACUGAUUUUCGUUCUUCAUUUGUCACAAAAAUCAACCCUUUGGCAACAAGAAAUGACUUAGAUCAAGCAGUUUUGGUUCUUUCGAUGGCAGGGCGUGUGGUUCAUACAAGAUGGGCAGUUGGUCCUAAUCGAUGGAUUGUUCUUGAUCCAGACUGGCUUUGUAACAGGCUGUUCAAGGCUGUGCAUCUUUCUGGCGUUGGUCGGUUCUUAAAGUUGGCUGCUGAUAAGCAGGGAUUUGUGUCAAUGGAAAAUUUGAAAGAGGAAUUCCCUGAAGUCAACAGAGAUCAAGUUGCUAAGAUGUUGGAAGAUUUUGGUGUUGCAUAUCAGCAGAAGUGUAGCCACUGUUGUUCAACACGACUCGAAAUUCCAUCUCUUAUGAAGAAAACCUACAGAACCGGCAUAGAAUUAUGGAAACAGCAAGAUGAAUACCCGAUCUACAGUGGUCGACGGAUUCGGUGCAAUAGCGAAAGUGCAGGCAAUGUUUUUCCGUUUGGUUUGUUUUCGAAGUUUCAAGUGGUCACUCGUACGACAUAUGGAGGGGACAUCCCACUGUGGCACGGAGGCCUGAUCAUUCCCUAUCCAUCAAAGUCUCUUGUUCAAGUGCUUGUUGAAGCUCACGAUGAUUGCAUCGACAUAUCUGUUCGUGGUUCGGCCGUAUCGUCUCAGAAAUGCUUUGAGCAUUUGAAUACCGUGUGGCGUCUACUACAUAAUACUAUACAGCAAACAUGCCCAGUUGUCCGACUUCAAGUUGACAUACUAAGUGUCCAUGACCUUCAGGCUCAUUUGGAAACUGCUGCAAGCUAUUCAUUGACCGAUGUCAUAAACGCAGAAAGACAAGAUCUAAAGUUGUUUCAUCCGGAUGGGUUUCAAGAGAGUCCGGUUGAUCUCCUAUAUUGCAGUUCUCCCACGAUUUGUCACUCUAUGAAAGAGCCAACAAUGCCAGCUUGGUAUUUACCUAUAGAAGUAAUACAAAAAGUAGAGGAGGUCUUUGGUCGUCCAGCAGUUAGGGAUUGUGACGCAAAAGCUGACUGGAUUAGGCUGGCCGAACAACUAGGAAUGACAAAAAUGAUUGGUAUACUUGCACUUACUCCUAAAAAGGCGUUUCACAUUCUCUUGGAACAAUGGACGACAAAUCCACAUUGUUCUGUUAUGAUGUUGAUUCAAGCACUGAAUGCAAUUGAACGAGGCGAUGUUGCUGCUGUGAUUACAAGACACUUGCCUACUUUUCAGUGAACAUUAGAGAGUAUGAAUUGCAUUUUUAACUCUUGUGGCUUGUUAUUUUUCUAGAUGAUCGCUAGUUUUGUAUUGGGAUGACAAGAUGGUUGCUCUUUAGUGUGACAGUAUGUAGCCAGUCUUGCUGCUUUCUAAGAAUACAAACUAUACAGCUUUUUUACUUUUUACUCAACUGUUGUGGAAGGCAAUGAUUGCCUAGAAUGUACAUGUUGAAAAAUGCAGAGAUUGGUAUA